AUGUAUUAAAACUCUGACUAGCAAAAUUUAUAUUAGCAGAAUUAAUAGGCUAAUCCUGCUUAAAAUAUGAUGCCUCAUGUGUAAAUGGUGCAAAAUCCUUAGCCUAAUUAGCCAUUUAUGUACUAACAAUAAAAUUUUUAAUUAGCAACUGUAGAAACAUGUUAGAAUUCACCUUAUCCUGCUUAAGUAACUUGUAUCCAUUGUAGCCAAUAUAUUACUACCCAAAUAUAAUACAAAAGAGGUUAGGGAUCUUAUUGUUGUUGCUUAUUAAUGACUCUAACUGUUGGAUGCUGUAUUCUCCCUCUACUUCUUAAAAAAUGUAAAGAUAAAAUACAUAUUUGCCCAAACUGUCAUAAAGAAAUAGCUGUAUGCGAAUACAAACCAUGCAACAAACGAAAUAGACGUCGUUGA